UUUGCUUUUGUUUGCCGCAGGAAAAAGAUGUCAUUGUGCCUGAAGUGGCCAGAGUGAAAAGGGGUGGAGAGUAGUGUUCUCUGCAGGCGGGAUUUUUUCGCUGAGUUUGGGAGACAAACAAGCAGUUGUUUUUCGGUCACGGCCGGAAGGAAACGCGAUCGCAGGCGAUAUUGAUUGGUCGGAUGUCCGGUUCCCUGGAUAAUAGGAAACAGCUUGGGUUAAAGAGACCAAGGCUGGAUAACGCGAGGAGUGGACCAAUGCCGGCACGACCGCUGGUAGCCCUGCUGGAUGGGCGCGAUUGCUCCAUCGAAAUGCCCAUCCUCAAGGAUGUGGCGACUGUUGCUUUCUGCGAUGCCCAGAGUACGACUGAAAUUCAUGAAAAGGUUCUGAACGAAGCUGUCGGCGCUUUGAUGUGGCACACGAUCUCUCUCCAACGCGAAGACUUGGAGAAAUUUAAAGCCCUGCGGGUCAUCGUGCGCAUCGGCAGCGGGGUGGACAAUGUUGACGUGAAGGCGGCCGGCGAGCUGGGCAUCGCCGUGUGCAACGUUCCUGGCUACGGCGUGGAAGAAGUGGCGGACUCGACCAUGUGCCUAAUUUUGAACCUCUAUCGGCGCACGUACUGGCUUGCCAAUAUGGUGCGGGAUGGCAAGAAGUUUACUGGCCCCGAACAGGUGCGAGAUGCUGCACAAGGAUCGGCUCGGAUCCGCGGUGACACGCUAGGGAUUGUGGGACUCGGUAGAAUCGGCUCCGCAGUAGCCCUUCGAGCAAAGGCUUUCGGGUUCAACGUCAUCUUCUACGAUCCGUAUUUGCCGGAUGGGAUUGAGAAGUCGUUGGGUCUGACUAGGUUGUUCUUGAUAUUGGAUUAUGCCAACGUUGCUAAAGUAUUCAAUGCUGAUGAUUCACCGAGUGAUUCUUCGGGUGGAGAUGGGGCUGAGAAUUCGAACAUUUGUUUCCUGAAAGUGACUAAUCGCGUGAAAUGGGAUUUGGUUUUCAAGGAUCUUCUGUACCAAUCUGAUUGCGUGUCGUUACACUGCACACCAAAUGAGCACAACCAUCAUCUGAUCAACGAUUACACCAUCAAGCAAAUGAGGCCGGGGCCGUUGAAGGAUGCUACAAAUCUGAUCUGCACUCCGCACGCGGCGUUCUAUUCGGACGCCGCCGUGUCCGAACUCCGCGAGAUGGCGGCGACCGAAGUGCGUCGCGCCAUCAUCGGUCGUAUUCCCGAUUCCCUUCGGAAUUGCGUCAACAAGGAAUACUUCGGUGGCUCGUACGCUGGCGGCGAGGGGCUCAACGGCGGCAGUGGACUGACUGGCGCCGCAGCGGCAGCAGCCAGUCUUGGCGGGCUCGGUCAGCUUUUUGCGCCGCCUAUGUCCCUUGCGCAUUCCACUACUCAUCCGGAUGGGUCCCCGCACCCGGUCGUGGCCGGAACGCCGCCCGUUGCGAUCCCGGCGUCGCACCUCCAGGUCCGCCGGUCCUGAGCUCAGGAUUCUGUCGUGGUGUGAACGUUUCUCCCUUGUUCCUUUCGUGCGUUCAAUUGAUUGAUUCAUUCAUUCACUCAUUCGUUCGAUUGUUUUCCCCCUUCUGCCUCUCAAAUCUCUUCUCUCACUCCAGUCUCCUCUUCGCAGCGGUUAUCUCGUCUGCUCUCGUCCUCGGGGGGAAAAUAGUGACUUCAAACGAGCCGGAAGUUUUUUUUUCUGCGAAAAGGGCCUUUAAGGCUGUUGUUUUCCCUCUUCACCCGUGUACUGUUCCCCCAAAUUCCUUUUGACACCAGCAUGGUAUUUACGAUCUCGUAAAAUCGCGAGGAACUGCGCUGCGAUUAUUGCAGUAGUACAGAAGCAAGUUUGUGACGGAACAGUUGAGUGCGUGCCAAAAACAUUCAAGUGCAAAAAUAUUUCGAGAAUAUUAAGUGGAACAGUAUUUCAGUGCCAGGCAAUGAGGCAGUUUCGCUAGGUUAGGGUCAGAGUUUCUCAACCCCUUCUGACUCGCGGAUCCUCUGCCGACAUUAUUUCCAUGGCAGAGGAUUCCUCGAAUGUCCUUAUUUUUUUCUAUUGUACUUUAAUGGAAUUCAGAAGUGGAAUUUAUUUUUACUUGAGUUACCGACAUGGUAGUUCUUGUCGAUUUGUGUAUCUCAUGCUGCUUAAUAUUCAAUGUAUUUCUGCGUUGUUUCUUUUAUUUUCCUGGAGUGGCUGUGGAGCCGCUGUGAAGUGCAUGGAGCACAGGUUAAGAGAACCUCUGGGAGUUUGGGGUUAGGUCAAAUAGAGCUUUUCUGGAAAAUAAUGUAUGUUUUAAUAGAUAAGGUCACAUAGAUUAAUGCAAUUUAGCGCCUUGGAAGAUUUUUGUUGUGUGUUUGCUUUGUUUUUCACUUGCAGUGGGGAUUUUGUUGUUCAUUUUGUGAAUAUGCGCUGUUUUGGGAUGCGCCUUUUUUUGGACGCGCUCUCCUGUCCCGGCAUGCGAAUAGGAAAAUCAAGCGAAUCGAUUGAAUCAUCUUGAGUAGUCCAAAAAAGUUAAUCCGGUGAUUCGUCAGGACGGCAAACUAAAAAAAAUCAAAGUAUGAUUCGCCGGCUCAGGCGAAAUCUGAUGUCUUUCGUGGCCGUUUCUCACACGUUGCAGAUUCAUUCGAACUCGCUUUUUGUUCAGGUUUGAAAUUCCGGCUCGUCUGAAGUGACAAAAAUCGCCCAGUUGUAAGCGCGAGGAUAAAUUGCUUCCUGCAACGCGUCUGUAUCGGCUCCCCCAUACAACGUUCCGGAUCAGAAGAGGGAUAUUUCUCGCGUGAAGAGUAGGCAAAACUCAAGACGAUUCGAGGCAAAGAUAAAAAGGCCACAUUUGACCGAAUUUUAAUGGAAGAGUGACAAACGUGGGAGAUUCGAGUAGGGGAACCGUUUUUACGCCGUUUUGUACGUUUCUGUUCGCCCCUACUUCCCCUGAACUCUUCCGGAAUUUGUGAAGAGAGAAUAUAGGAAGGUUACAUUAAAAAAAGUGUUUGGGAAGUGGGAGAAUGGACAUUUUUGUGUGCAUGUUUCCGAUUUUUUGUGAAGUAAAGCGAGCAGUUCUUCUUCGA